UUCUCUUUGAUGAAAUUACCAUGGCAACACAGAAACUGAAUGUGAUGAAAGAUCACUGGCAAUUUUUUUUUUGACUAUGACAUCACAAAGUAGUUUAGAGUGUUGAGUCAGGGUAGGCUGUAAACCACAAAAGCCAACAAGCAGCUCACAGAUCCAGACCUGAGACACAACCGUGUGGAAAAAGACUUUGCGAAUCGCUUUUAAUUCUUUUAAACCUAACAAUGUCAUCAGCAUUAGCAACGACUUUUUCAAAAAUGUGGACUAAACUAACAGCACCAAAGCUCAAGAGCUGUUUAAAGAGCCCAUGGAAAGAUUCUGAGGGAAUCCCAAAGAAGAAAGUGAAAUUUAAUUCGAUGGUCGAAAUAUGUUACUUUACAAGAAAGGAGAAGGAGUCCGUACCAGAAGUUGGGGGCUCUAAUCAGCUCCAGUACCCGACUACAACUGAGCGAAACCUCCUCCCAUCUGCCCGAGUUAUGAUGAAAGAGGAGGAAUAUGAUAAACAGCGCAAGGUGAAGAAGCAGCCUGUUGAGACUAAUAGAAGGAAGAGGCCGCUCUGGGAGCAGAGAUGGAGAAAACAGACUAAAGAUUACAUCAGGAUAUCUGAGGCAGAGCUCGAAGAACUGAAUAACACCCCGAUACAUUCAGUUCCACUUUCAUUGAGACAUUUAAAAAAAGAUGACAUAAUAAUUCAAGAUCUAAAGAACCAGCUGAAUGAAGCAGGUAACCACCACCUGCGUCAUGCCUCCAUAUCCCUGGACCUUGUGGACACCUUGUCGGAAGAUGAGGAUGAGUUGAAGACAUUAGAGGCUCAGUUGGAGGAAAGUGCCUCCAAACUUAGAGCUCAGGAGGACAAUAGUCAGGCGCUGCAGAAGGAGGUGGAGGACCUCAGAGAACAGCUUCAAAGGAGGGAACCAAUCAGUCCCACUACAGAGACAGUCAAACCAAGACAUGAGAUAGUUGAGGAAGACCCUGAGACGAUCCAAGAAGAACAUCCAGUGGACAAGGAGGAAAAACAGACAAAGCUCAAGAGCUAUGUAAAGCACCCAUUGAAAGAUUCUGGGGAAAUCCUAAAGAACGGAGGGCAAUUUAAUUCUGUGGUCAGUGUAUGUUCCUUUACUAGUAAGGAGGAGUACGUGACUGCAACUGAGGGAAACCUCCUCCCAUCUGCCCGAGUUAUGAUGGAAGAGGAUGAAUACCAUAAACAGCGCAAGGUGAAGAAGCAGCGCAAGGUGAAGAAGCUGCGCAAGGUUAAGACUAAUAGAAGGGAGAGCCAACCCUGGGAGCAGAAAUGGCGAAAACAGACUGAAGAAUACAUCAGGAGAUAUGAUGCUGAACUCGAUGUACUGAAUAGGAUCCUGAUAUUUUCGGCUAGAGAUACAAAAGGACGUGGCUUAAAGAUUAAAAAUCUAAAGAAGAAGAUGUAUGAUGGAAUGUACCUGCACCUGGUUCAUUGCUCCAGAUCCUUGAAUCUCGUGGACACCAUCAAAGUCCAACAUGAGCAGAAGUGGAAGACAUUAGAGGCUCAGUUGGAGGAAAGUGCCUCCAAACUUAGAGCUCAGGAGGACAUUAGUCAGGCGCUGCAGAAGGAGGUGGAGGACCUCAGAGAACAGCUUCAAACGAGGGAACCAAUCAGUCCCACUACAGAGACAGUCAAACCAAGACAUGAGAUGGUUGAAGAAGACCCUGAGACGAUCCAAGAAGAACAUCCAGUGGACAAGGAGGAAAAACAGACAGUCCAGGAAGAACAACAGACUGUCCAGGAGGAACCUCAGAUGGUCCAGGAAGAACAACAGACUGUCCAGGAGGAACCUCAGAUGGUCCAGGAAGAACAACUUGAGCAUAAGUUGAAGACAUUAGAGGCUCAGUUGGAGGAAAGGGCCUCCAAACUUAGAGCUCUGAAGGACAUUAGUCAGGCGCUGCAGAAUGAGGUGAAGGAGGUCAGAGAACAGCUUCGAAGGAGGGAACCAAUCAGUCCCACUACAGAGACAGUCAAACCAAGACAUGAGAUGGUUGAAGAAGACCCUGAGACGAUCCAAGAAGAACAUCCAGUGGACAAGGAGGAACACGAGGAGAAUAUCUCUCUCUGGAGGAGGUUCAAAAAAUUUCUCACUCCAAAACACAAACGUUUAUAUAAGUCCAAACGCAUGAAGAAAGAGAAGGAAGAGGCCAGUGUUUCCAUGUGAAGAAUCUUGUAGUUUCUGACUGCCAGGACUUCACUUGUUGACACGUCUGGGUUUUCCCCGGGUACUCCGGUUAGCCCACACAGUAAAAGUUUGAUUUUUUUUUGUAUCUUUACCGAUUGAAAAAAAUAAAAUGAUUGGAAAAAAAAAAA